GAUUCUCUCUCUCUACAUCUUUCUCUCUCUCUCUCUCUAGAUCUGUGUGUGUGUGUGUGUGUGUAGAAUUAUGGGUUUUCUUGCAGAACCAAAGAUACCUGUGAUUCAUAUGGUAGAUAUGAAGAAAAGCAGAGAUUGCAGAGAUUUGGUUUGCAGUGAAGUGAGGCAUGCACUUGAAGAGUAUGGUUGUUUUUUUGUUGUUUGUAAUGGGAGUAUUACUGAAGAAGUUAACAGGGAAGUAUUUGACGUGUUGGAAACCCUAUUUGAUCUACCCAUGGAAACCAAAAUAAAGAACACUUCUGAGAAGGCUUACCAUGGGUAUAUAGGGCAACUCCCUUUUCUUCCACUCUUGGAAAGCAUGGGAAUUGAGCAUGCUGCAAGUGUUCAUGGAGUUCAUAGCUUCACAAACAUCAUGUGGCCCUCUGGAAAUGACAUUUUCUGUAAAAUGAUGCAGUUGUAUGCAAAGCUAGUUUCUGAAAUUGAAGAAACAGUUAGGAAGAUUGUGUUUGAAAGCUAUGGAUUGAACAAGUAUCAUGAAUCCUACAAUGAGUCUGUGACAUAUCUUCUUAGAGUAAUGAAAUACAGACCGCCGAAUACGAACGAGACUAAAUUGGGUUCGAUGUCUCACACCGACAAGACCUUCAUAUCCAUACUCAGCCAAAAUCAAGUGAAGGGAUUAGAGGUUAAAACCAAGGACAACAAUUGGAUCCCUGUGAUCUACCCUCCUUCUUCCUUCUUGGUCAUGGCAGGAGAUGCAUUCAAGGCAUGGAGUAACGACCGUGUACAGUCUCCUUAUCAUCGCGUAGUCAUGGAAGGACAUGAAUAUAGAUACUCAGUAGGGUUAUUUACAUUCCACAAAGGGAUCAUAGAGGUACCAGAAGAGCUAGUUGAUGAUGCACACCCAAGAAAAUUCAACUCAUUUGAUCAUUUUGGGUAUCUUGACUUCUAUGACAAAGACUCAAUGUUCGAUCAAGAAUACUCCCAUGUUAAAUCCUUUUGUGGGGUGUAACUCAUUACUUUUUCCAGUUGUGUUAGUUAUAAAUCUUGUCAAAACUCUGGGUGGUAACUCGACCGAUAAGAUAUUUGAUUCCGGUCUGCUCCCUAAAGAUCACCAACUUGAAACCUUUCAAGUAGGACCAUUGACGUGUUUAUCUGAUUGUUAACUUUAUGGUUUUAUGAAACCAGUAUCAAAAACGUCCAUUAAUAAAAUAGCAGUUCUUGAAGUUGAA